CAAGCAUCCUAUUGUCACUCACAGGCAAGAGCUAGCCAAGUGUACGAGUACUACUCCCAGUGAAGCAGCCACAUUAGCUGACCAGCUGACAGCAGCAGCCAUGUCGGAGGAGAAGCACCACCACUUCUUCAACCACCACAAGAAGGACGAGGACCAGCAGCCCGCCGGCGGAGAGUACGGCGGCGGGUACUCGGAGACCGUGGCCGUCGAGGCGGUGACCGCCGGCGAGAACGAGUACGAGAGGUACAAGAAGGAGGAGAAGGAGCACAAGCACAAGCAGCACCUCGGCGAGGCCGGCGCACUCGCCGCCGGCGCAUUCGCCCUCUACGAGAAGCACGAGGCGAAGAAGGACCCGGAGCACGCGCACAGGCACAAGAUCACGGAGGAGAUCGCCGCCACGGCGGCCGUCGGCGCCGGCGGAUACGCCUUCCACGAGCACCACGAGAAGAAGAAGGACCACAAGGAAGCCGAGGAGGCCAGCGGCGAGAAGAAGCACCACCACCUCUUCGGCUGAUGGCCGGCCGCCGGCGAUGAGCACCACCUGUCCAUUACUUGCUUGUGUGCACGCGUACGUGUUAAUUUGACGAGUUACUGCAGUAUGUACAAAUAAGUCCUUUCCGGACCUUCGCUUGCUUGUGUGAGACUGAGAGGUGGGGCCGUGUGCGGCGAGGUGCUCAUCAUGUGUACUUGCUUGAUUUUUCUCUGCAUGUAUAAUUGCGUUGAAUAACCAGGAGCGACGUGUGUGGCUCCCAAGUCAAGCUCUUGUCUAUCUGUGGUUGAAUGUUUGUGCCCUGAGAAUCAACACGUGGAAGGUUUUUUUUAA